AUGAGCAGCAAAAAAUCCUCGUCGUCUGUCAACCUCGGGGUCAAAACCCCCAGCAGCACCGGAAAAAGCACUAGUUUCGGCCACAAAAAUGCGGCUCCAAAUUCGUCGAUGAGCACCAGCUCCAAGCCGAGUAAGGGAAGCUCCUAUAUGCUUGAGGCAUGGAGGAACUCAGACAAGUCCUCGGACCCGUGGACCUCGGCCAAAGUCACUUAUCGCUGA